GAGCAGAACUAGAUGUUUAUUCCCUCUCUCUCAGUUCAGUUAGUUUAAUAAACCAGAAUGGUUGCACUUUUUCCAUAUCCACUAUUGCUUGAACCGUAAGCCUGCUGUGACCUUUCUCAUAUCUGGUGUUCCUUUAUAGUAGUGACAUAAUGACUUCAACGUGACAUGUAAGUAAUUGUGUUUUCUUUUAUUGAUAACUUUUGAAAACAGCUCGCCUGUUACAAUUGGUGCUGCUGAAUGCACAUGUGUUGCUGGAAAAGUCCUGUGCAAUCACAAUGUUGGACUUCUUUUUCAAACGGCACAUUACUCAACCCUGAGACUGAAGGCAGUUCCCCCCGUCCUUAGCUGCACAGAAACAGAGCAGAGAUGGCAUAAGCCACGGACUAUGGUAAGCACUUAAUACCAAAGUGAUCAUAUUAUUUAUUAUUAAUACUAUUGUUGUUAUUGUUCUUUGUGUACUUUUAUAGGGUGUGAAACCAGGUAGAGUGAGUGACAUGGUCGUCAUUUCUACAAAGCUUAAACCUAGGCAGUACACAGUUGCUGAUGGUGAGUAAGCGCUACAAAGCAGUGCUGGGGGACUUGCCGGACCCAGAUGUCCUGAAAGUUGCUGAGGCUUACCAAGACUUCACAGCAGACAUUGCUCCACUGAUAACCACCAUGGCAAUAACCGAGGAUGUUCCCCUUGUUCAGUCAGUAUUUGGACCAGUCCAGGAAGGUAGCCCCAUCUCUUACCAGCAUCCAGUACCAAUUAGUCGGGUAAUAGUCUGCCACCCAGACAGCCCCCCUCCACCACCUCUGCCAUUAGAAGGCUAUAGGCUGGAUCCCUCCACCUGUAAUUUUGUGUGCACUCAUGAACAGCAUCUCCAGUUAAUGUCACUUGCCAUUACCUUGGAUAUGGCAAGGAAGAUAGAGAUGGCUACAAGGGACCAGAGCAACAGUGUGGAGUGGCACCAAGUCAGGAAGCCGAGGCUCACUUCCUCUCGAUUUAGGGAGGUGUGCCAUGUGAGAGGGGACAGUUCUUCUCAGAACCUAGCAGAGAGAAUAUGGAAAGGUGGGGUUCAGACAGCGCUAAUGAAAAGGGGGCUGGCAUUGGAGCCUGUGGCCAUCCAAGAAUACACCAGGACGAAAAAUGUCAACUACUGGCCAUGUGGCUUUGUCAUACACCCAGAUGCUCCUUGGCUAGGAUCCUCUCCAGAUGGUCUUGUAUUUGAUCCAACUGAGAGCCCACCAUUUGGACCGAUAGAAAUCAAGUGCCCUAAUUCCAGAAGCUAUGUGGACUGCAAGUACCUAAAGAUGCAGAGUGGCACAUUAAAAUUAAAGCCCAGCCACAGCUACUACUGGCAAGUCCAGGGGCAGUUAUUACUCAACGGGAUGCAAUGGUGUGAUUUUAUUGUUCUGGCUGAGGAGGAGAUUCUUGUGCAGCGGAUCUACAGGGAUGCUGCGGUGGCAGGGGUUAUAAGGGAGAAGGGGGUUUAUUUAUUGUUUCACUUUUACCUCGGUAAAAACAGUGGUUGACUCUUUCCCCUUUUUCCAUCCACUUUGCUUUUCGAUUUAUAGUAUAAAAUGUUAGUUCUCUCAUAUAUUAGUUGUUCAUACUCUUGGUUUUUGUUCGUUCGUCUAGUAUAUCCUGGGCAUCGUCUUGUUUCCCCAGAAUGUUGUAAAUAUUUCAAUGUUAUAUUUGCUUGAUUAAAUUUUGCCUUCUCCAUGUAUAUCUUUGUAGCUUAGAAUUUUUUAUCUUCCAUAUAAUCGACCAAAUCUUUCUCAUCCAUUACUGUUCUAAUCUUUAUGUGCUCGUGGAUGAUACGAGAUGUCAAUGAUUGUGUGUUUUUUUAUUUCUCACCUGCAUUAUUUCCUUAUUAAAUUAUACAUUUUCUUAUGUCA